AGAUUUUGUCCAAGGCAAUUCGGAUGAAUAAAGAUAAUUUGAAUGUUUGGAUUGAAAUAUUGACAAUUUAUAUUGAAAAUAAUUCUUUUGAAAUGGCAUAUAAAGUUUUUCAAGAUGCCAUCAAGUCGCUGGAAUCAAAUUCAAUACCAUUAUGGGAAUUAAUGGAAACAUUUAUAAUUAACUUAGACCAAAAUAAUUCGCUUUUAGAUUUCUACUACCAAGCUUCAUACGUGCCAUGGCCCCAAAUUAAUUUGAUUUACAGAGUGAAAUACUUGAAUAUUUUUGGAAUGGACAAUGGGAUAACUGCUAUUCGUAGACUGUUUAAAGAAUUGAAUAGUAUAAGUCCGCCUUGUAAACAAUUAUACAUUGAAAUGAUUGCUUAUGAACAAUCCUUGAGUUCUGUCAACAUAACACAAGUCAGUAAAUUGUACAACGAAGUAUGCUAUAACUUGGGACAUGGUGAUGUUGAGUUGUGGGCUCAUUAUAUUCGAUUUGAGUACAUGCAUGUUGAACGAUAUACAGCAAAGAAUAUUUACAAAUCAUCUUUGGAAUAUUUGGGACCAGAGUUAUUUGGCGUUUUGACAACAGAGUUUGGAAAUAUCAAAAGUGAAUAUGAGGAAACCCUGACUAUAAAUCCGGAAGUUGUUAAAAUUGAUGAAGUUUGA